ACUCACCACCAAGUCACCCCCUCAUCCAUCGCCAAUCCGCUCACCAUGGCUCCCAACCCCACCGGAUUUGACAUCAACGAAUUCAAGGCCGCCGCCCACCCCCGGUCGGCCUGGGCCAAGAAGGACCCCUGGGCUCGCUACGAGGCCUGGAGAUACACCGGUCCCUUCAGCCGCAUCAACCGUUUCAAGCGCAUCUUCCCUGGCUUCGGCAUUGCCAGCGUUGCUUUCGCCGGUUACUGCGCCUACGAGCACUUCUUCCUGAAGGAUGACCACCACCACCACGGCGAGGGCCACCACUAAAUCACGAUUGGGGGAAGUAACGGUGCGGAGUUGGAAGAAAGAAGCCGACAUGCGAUGGAAAAAAGAUGAAGGAUACCCCGGAUUGCCGAGAUCAAUGGCAUCCGUACGUGAUUAGAGGGUCACAAUGUGUGGUGUACAAGCG